AUAUUAUGUAGACGAAGAAGAAGAUAGCUGAUCCAACAUGGCGGCGCUCUUCGCUACUUCCCGUGUCCUCGGAAAUAAGGUUUUAUUCUCUAAAGCUUUACCCUCCGGAUGCCCCGCCAGCCUCCGUAAGCUCCAUUUCUCCAUUUAUGGGAAAAGGGGAGACGCCAAAGUAUCAGAUGCUAUCUCCACACAUUACCCUGUGGUAGAUCACGAGUUUGAUGCUGUGGUAGUGGGGGCAGGUGGUGCCGGACUGCGUGCCGCAUUUGGACUGUCGGAAGCUGGCUUCAACACGGCGUGUGUCACCAAGCUGUUCCCCACGCGCUCUCACACAGUGGCUGCACAGGGUGGGAUCAAUGCUGCACUUGGAAACAUGGAGGACGAUGAUUGGCGCUGGCACUUUUACGACACCGUGAAAGGCUCUGAUUGGUUGGGAGACCAGGACGCCAUUCACUACAUGACAGAACAGGCUCCUGCUGCUGUGGUAGAGCUAGAGAACUUCGGCAUGCCGUUCAGCCGUACGGAGGAUGGAAGGAUCUACCAGCGUGCGUUUGGAGGCCAGAGCCUUAAAUAUGGUAAAGGAGGCCAGGCUCACCGGUGCUGCUGCGUGGCCGACAGGACGGGUCACUCUCUCCUGCACACACUCUACGGACGGUCCCUGAGGUACGACACCAGCUAUUUUGUGGAGUAUUUUGCCCUGGACCUGUUGAUGGACGAAGGGAAAUGUGUAGGAGUCAUCGCCUUGUGUAUGGAAGACGGCUCUAUUCACCGCUUCAGGGCCAACAACACAGUGAUCGCCACAGGCGGUUAUGGACGCACGUAUUUCAGCUGCACUUCAGCACACACUAGUACCGGAGACGGCACUGCCAUGGUAACUCGUGCUGGACUGCCGUGCCAGGACCUGGAGUUCGUUCAGUUUCACCCCACAGGUAUCUAUGGAGCUGGUUGUCUGAUCACAGAAGGCUGUCGUGGUGAAGGUGGAAUCUUGAUUAACAGCGAAGGGGAGAGGUUUAUGGAACGCUACGCCCCAAAUGCUAAAGACCUGGCCUCCAGGGAUGUGGUUUCUCGUGCCAUGACCAUCGAAAUCCGUGAAGGAAGAGGUGUAGGACCAGAGAAAGAUCACGUCCACCUCCAGCUGCACCACCUCCCACCUCAGCAGCUGGCUUCCCGUCUGCCAGGAAUCUCUGAAACAGCCAUGAUCUUUGCUGGUGUGGACGUGACAAAGGACCCCAUCCCAGUCUUACCCACAGUGCACUACAACAUGGGUGGUGUCCCCACCAACUACAAGGGACAGGUCAUCACUUACCAGGAUGGUGAGGAUCGGGUAGUGCCCGGGUUAUAUGCCUGCGGUGAAUCUGGCUGUGCUUCUGUACAUGGUGCCAACCGCCUAGGCGCCAACUCGCUGCUGGAUCUUGUGGUGUUUGGCCGUGCAUGUGCUCUUACCAUUGCUGAAAGCAACACUCCAGGAGAGAAGCUUGAGCCCUUGAAGCCUAAUUCUGGAGAGGAAUCGGUGGCUAAUCUGGAUAAACUCCGCUUCGCUAAUGGCUCGACGAGGACUUCUGAGAUCAGGCUUAACAUGCAGAAGACUAUGCAGACUCACGCAGCAGUGUUUCGUACUGGAGAGGUCUUGAAAGAAGGUUGCGUCAAGAUGGACUCUAUCUAUCAGAUGUUGGACGACAUCAAGACAUUUGACAGAGGUGUUGUGUGGAACACGGACCUAGUGGAGACUUUGGAGCUGCAGAAUCUGAUGCUGAACGCCGUGCAGACCAUCAACGCUGCCGAGGCUCGCAAAGAAAGCAGGGGGGCUCACGCUCGGGAAGAUUUCAAAGUGCGUGUGGAUGAGUACGACUUCUCAAAACCGUUACAAGGGCAACAGAAGAAGCCUUUUGAAGAGCACUGGAGGAAACACACUCUGUCCUACACGGACACAAAGACAGGAAAGGUCACUCUGGAGUACAGACCUGUGAUCGAUGACACUCUGAACAACGAAGACUGUGCCGCCAUUCCACCUGCUAUUCGCUCCUAUUAAACUCUCACUCAUUUACAGUUAUUUAUCUGUAACCUACUCAGUCCAAGUGGAAAGUACAUCGUAGGACAUUCGUGUUGAUGCUUAUACUACAUGACAUUUUAUCGCUACUGAAAUAGACAAAAUGUGGAAUUGAUGUAAAAAUAUAAAUCUAUCGUUUCCUGCAGCCGACACUUGGACAUGAUUAAACUCCAUAUGUGUUUGUGUUCCACUGAA